AUGGCUGCGCAGGCCAUGGAUUUGUUGGCCCAGCCAUGGGUAAGGGGGCCUCCUGCUCACCGCGACGAGCUGCAAUCUGGAGACAAAGUGUUUCUUCGGCAAGCAAACAGGUGGGAGGCCGGAACCAUUGUCGGCGCAGAUGCGAAGAGCCAGACUGUUCACGUCCAGCUGGCCUCCGGCGUCUACGCGCUCAGCCUGGCAGAGUCGGCGAGUCUCUUGCAGAAGGCUGCCCGUUUGCUCAUUGUCGCUCCUGGCGCUGGGGUCAAGACACUCGGUGCCCGAUUUCGAGCGCUGGGUGCAGAGCCAGGCUUCCAGGUAGAGGUGGCCGGAAGAAAAGGCGUACUUUACGACCGGUAUCCUGAGUGUUGGGACACUGGGGCUGGUGCCCCAAACCUGCGGACCUUCGGGGAGGACCUCGUUCGUAUGGGCAUUCAUCGCAGAGCAGACUGCUUGAUCUUCGGCUCACGAGGCGGACAGGUGGUUCUGCCGCUGAUGUGGAGUGCCCUUGGCGACGAAGUGCCACCCAGUGUUGUGGUCAACGGUGGUUGUGCGAUGCAACUUCCGGGUCCUGUUGUACGAUGGCCACAUCGUGCAGUGACGGUGAUGCUGCUGGGCGGUCAGGACUUCUUUCGUGGCAACCUGUCCGCGGAGGAGUAUAUGAUGAGAACCUGCCAGUGCGUGGGUCCCUCAAACACGACCACUGCGUUCUUCUAUGUUCCGGAGAUGAAACACAUGCCGCAGGACGCGGUGAUUCAGGCGACUCUCGGCUGCCUGGUGGAGGCGGCUUUGGAUUGGUCGAAGGGAGGGCUGACCGCUGUCAUGAAGCAUCUCGGGGAAGCGCAGGAGGCACUCAUUCGCAUCGGGUUCGGCGGCGUCCUGCGCUUCACCACUCAGUCGGGAUGGCAAGAGCAGCGAUUCGGACCACAGGUUCCUGAUCGUCCUCCAGCGCCACUGUCACCUCGUGCACCCAAGCCUCCCCGGCCUCCGUGCCCUCCCGGCACGGCCGUUUCUGUCUUGCCGGUGGAUUUAGCCGUCGAGGACAGUCCAGAAAGCCACCAGCGCCUGGCUGCCCAAGCGAGACAGUUGGCGGCUGCGCGGCCAAUUUCUUCCUCCGGAGACCCUGUGCGCUCAAGACUACUUGAGUUUGCAGACGGCCAGCUUGCGGAGGCCUGGGCUGCCGAAGAUGAUGCGCCGAAGAGCCAGCCAGCACCGAAGGCAGUGAUGCCUCAACGCAUGGUUGGCUACCCACCUGGAGCUGGGAUUUCCGUUGAUCGGUCGCAGACGCGACCAAGGAUCACCUACCCGGGGGCGACUCAGCGGCCACUGCAGCGAUGA